CUGUCCCUGUUUCGGUGCCUUUCCAAGCCUUGUCUCCUCCAAUGGCCAGCCCUUUGUGUCCUUCAGUGCCAGCCCCACAGUACGCUCCUCCAGUGACGCUUCCAUGCUCUGUCCCGGCUCCUCGCCUCCCUCCAGUCCAGAGUUCAACUCACGCUCUGACUCCAGUCCCGAUUCCCGCUCCAGCCCCGAUUCCGGCUCCAGGCCCUAGUCAGACUCCUGCACCGGCUCAAGCUCCAGUACCGACUUUGGCUCCAGUUCCAGCUCCUGCUCCGGCUCUGGCUCCGACUCCAGCACCUGAUCCUGCUCCCGAUCCAGCUCCAGCUCUGACUCAGGCUUUCAACCCUGAUCCUGCUCCAGCUCUGACUCAGGCUUUUGACCCUGAUCCUGCUCCGACUCAGGCUCCGGAUCCUGAUCCAGCUCCGACACAGGCUCGGGCUCUGACCGAUCGUCCAUCGCGCCACCCGCCUGAACCGCCGUCCCUGACCGGCCGCCUGCCUGAACCGCCGUCCCUGACCGCCGCCCGCCUGAACCGUCGUCCCUGAGCGUCUGGAAUCCGGCCCUUUGAGGGGGGGUAAUGUAAGGGUCCUGUCGUGUUUUGUUUUCCCCGUUUAGUGUUCAUGUCUUCAUCUCGUUUACUUCCUGUGUCCUGUUCCAUGUGUUUCUGUUCCCUGUGCCCGUGUCUCCGCCCCUCACCUGAUCCGCGUUAGUCUGUUAAUUAUGGUUUCCACCUGUCUUGUUUUACCUUGUUCCUUGUCCACCUGAGCCUUGUUAAAUCCCUGUGUAUAUAAACCCCUAGUUUCGUUAUGUUCCUUCUGUGUCAUUGUUGUUUCCUGUGCUGCACUCUGUAACUAAAGUCAGUAAAUCUACUCUUGGUGUGUUGUCCUGCUUUUGGGUCAAUUCAAGUAGCAGUCUGUGACAUUUGUUCUGUUCUAAACAAGGCAGUUUGCAAUUUAAAUGUAAAGGGGAGGGCACUGUAAUAUGAAACCAUAACAAUGAAUGAGAAUCUGAAAAUGUACAUGAAAGGAAAGGAGUUAUAAGGUCUUGGCGUCUAGAAAACAAAAACAGCCCUUGGCACCAGUUCAAGGUAGGCGGAAAGAGUCUAGCAAUUCCAAAAGCAACUGCUUAAAAAAAUGACUUCCCUUUUAAAACCAAACUAAAUGGAUCACCACCAAGGCAUUAUAAAUGCUUCCCUUUGGUGAAGAUCAGUUGAUUCAUCCUUGCUCUCUAAAAACAGGGGUGAACAGUACUGUGGUGAAACAUUUUGGUCUCAGAUCACUUAUUUUCCAAUCAAACAUGUUACGAGGUAUUCUUCUGUUGGCAUGUCUUGCACUGACAUCACAGCCUAUGGAGUGUCGACCAGGGGGUGAUGUUCAUGUUGUUGAUCCCCGUGGUAUCAAUGCGACCAAUGACAAUUACGAGGUGGAGAAAAUUCUACGCAGAUUUAGAGUUGUUGAACGUAGCUGCAAGGAAAUCCAACAGAACUAUGGUAUUCAUGAAGAUGGUCUGUAUUACCUCACCACCUCCAGUGGGGUCGUGUACCAGACCUACUGUGACAUGACCACAGCAGGUGGUGGAUGGACACUGGUAGCCAGUGUGCACGAGAACAACAUGUAUGGGAAAUGCACUGUGGGGGACCGAUGGUCCAGUGAGCAGGGAAGCAAUCCCAACCGCCCUGAUGGAGAGGGUACAUGGGCCAACAUGAACACCUUUGGGACUGCAGAGGGUGCAACAUGUGAUGACUACAAGAAUCCUGGUUAUUAUGAUAUUGUAGGGGAGGAUGUGUCUGUUUGGCAUGUGCGUAACAAUGUUCCACUACAACACUGGGCAAUUGCUGCCAUCCUACGAUACCACACAGAGACAAGAUUUCUCACACUCAAUGGAGGAAACCUCUACCAACUCUACCAGCGCUACCCAGUGAGGUAUAAUGUUGGAGCGUGUAGGACUGACACUGGACCAUCCAUUCCUGUGGUGUACGAUUAUGGAAAUGCUGAGACCACAACCGAAUUAUAUGGCCCAGAUGCUAAAAAUGAAUUCACUCCUGGCUACGUCACCUUCAGAGUGUUCAACCAUGAGAGGGCAGCCAUGGCCAUGUGUUCUGGAGUCAGACCCACUGGGUGCAACACUGAACAUUUUUGCAUUGGUGGUGGGGGACACUUCCCCGAAGGUGCUCCUCGUCAGUGUGGGGACUUCACAAGCUUUGACUGGAAUGGUUAUGCAGGAGGGCACUGGAGUGCAUCCAGAGAGAUGACUGAAGCUGCUGUGCUGCUCUUCUACCGCUGAAUCUAUUAGAUGAACUGUGCAGAAGCUCUAUUUUGUGAUUCUGUAUAUUUUCAAUAUCAGGUUUCUGGUUGUCCUACAUUUUAUUGGUGAGGUUUACUUUAGGGUUAAGCUUUAUAUUGACUCCUGUCCUAUAUAAUGUCUCUACAUAGCAGAAGAUCUUUGCUUUCACCUGUCUAUAAACAGAACGCAUAUUAAAAUGUAUCUACUUGCUAAGUAGUUACUCUA